AUGAAAGGUUUUAAAAUAUUUUGUAACAGAAAGCAAAAAUAUGUGCUUGUUAUUUGACAAGUCCAGGUAGUCCCUCACCGUUUCAGUCCAUUUCCUUUGACCUUUUCUUCUACCUGGGUCAUUCCUCAUGACCCAGGAGGAGGUUUCCAAGCACUACUGAGAUUCAAUCAGCAUUGAGACACUGUAUGGACAUGAUACGAUAACAACUAUUGAGUAUAGCAAUGCACAAACUUGAUAGCAUUUUCCUGACAUUGAUUGCUGUUGAAGUGCACAAAGACAACGGCUCACGUGCACUUACUCAUAUGGGAGCACACCUGACCUUGUUCCAGUCUGUAACACUCCCCCCACACUGCCAUAGGCCACUCCCAAAGUAAACAACAUUGACAUUUUUUAUGUUGAAGGAGGAAAACCUUCCUAUUGCACUCUCGGAAGAUGCUGAACAUAGAACUGUCUGCAAAUUUAAUUGGCCCAAUUUAGCCUGUUUCUUCCUUGCUGUAAUUUUCCUCUGUUGCUAAGUCUGUUGCUAGGGCAUUGUUUGGUGGGUAGCUCUGUGACUGUGCCUGCUGCCUAAUCUGAUUCCACUCUGAAGCUGUGUGCUUGUGUGCCAGCUAUCCAGAGACGGGUAGAAACAAAAGGAAAACAUAUCGAGGCAUAAAAUGCUGGCGUACUGCUGUUUUAUUGUGACGCUCAUGACACACUUCUCAGUUGCCAUAAGAGGUACAAAAAGCUGAACUAAUUUCAGGUGAACAUUUGGGGUGUUCUCAUAUCAGGGCUGGGGGACCUGGAAGACUAAAAGUGCAUACAAUCUGGUAUAAAACCUGCCUUCAAGUAUUAUUUUUUGUGGUUUAACUGUUUAACUGAUUUCUUUGCCCUUACUUGCUGAAAACGUACCUGUAGUGGAAGACAUGAUGGUCAGGCUACACAGUGUAUUUCAAGAGGGGUGUUUGCUUGGUGACAGGGCCAGCUGCUAUAUUUACCAACAUCCUGGGUGCCAUGCAGUCAGAAUAAAGAGAGAGCAUCUGGACUGUAAGGGGGGGGAAAGAAGUCUGGAUUCAGUAAAGUGAUAAGGACCUUAGGGGUCAAUUACGUCAUUCUUGAUAUAAAAAAGGAGAAGGCCAAAGACGUACACACUUACAUAACCAACUCCUUUAAGCGAUGAUGCUAAGCGGCACAACAUUCAACAGGGAAUGGAUAAAGAAUGGAGGUAUGUUAUAAUGUGCAGUCGGGCAUUUAUGUGAACCUUGAAUUAUUCAGCCGUCACACAUCAAUAAAACAUACACUUUUGUGCAUGUACUGGAGCCUGGAGGCCUUUGCAUGUCUAAGUCAAAAAUGGAGAGGGUGAAUUGAACUACCUGUAUAGGGUCUGUGAAAAUCAAUACACAACCCAAACAUUGUACACUAUUAUUCUGUCAUUCUUAUCUCAAUAUUCAGUGAGCGGUUUGCCGGUGUGUUACUCUCUGGUGUCAUCUAUUUGGCAGGAAAAAGGCUCUUUGGCACAGGAUCCCAAAAGGAAGAAAUGAUGUCAUAUUUCUGUGUUUUUUGUUUUCUAUCUUGGCAGAAUAACUCAUGGCACUUAGUCAACCUCUUUCUUAUAGAUGUUUGAAGAUGCUGCUGUCUGUUUUCCACCUGGUGGGACAUCAUUUAGAAAUACAUGAAUAAAUGAAGAGUUAGAAGCCCACCCAGUUCCUAUCUGCAGCGUCAUUCACAACCAGAUUUCAAUCAUCAUUCAAUUACAUCGAUACGUAAUCGGAUCAUGCGUUUUUAGGUUGUUGCAUUUUUCUGUGGCACAUGCAUGUGAAGGACAGUAAGCUUUGGUUUUAUUGGAUGGAAGAAACGGUCUCAUGCCUUUGUUCCGUGUCUGAGGAAAUACAUGCUAAAUAUUUUCAAGUAAAACAAAAAUAUUUUCCAUCUGGUAGCCUAUUUUUGACGUGGGUCUCACUGGUUUAAUGACCAAGGUCCGGUCAGUGUCUGUGCCAUCUGUGCCAGGCAGGGGUGGACGUGGGCGGGGGUGACAUGAUUUUACAUAACAGAUUCCAGACAGAGUCGCCCCUUGUUCGUAAAGGGUUCAGUGCCAGUGUGCCACGUCAUGAUGCCUUGGACAGAAAUACAUCUCACCUAGUUUUACUUUUCUCACAGAUCCAAAGGGGAAAAGGCAGCGUUAAGCACCAUGGGACCAUUCCAGGAAUAUGAGGAAAAGAAGUCGCCAGGGAAGGAGAGUCCCCGCAGCCGCAUCCCACGCUUGAUCCUCCAUCCUUUCCAGCCUAAUGAGAAAGGGUCGCCCCUGUCCGAAUCACCCAUUUCGGAGGAGGAGGGUAAGGACUGUGACAUCAGCUCGGACAACUCCAAACGGACCAUCAGCACCAACAGCUUUUGCUCAGGCUCAGACAACAGUCCGCAUGGCUCCCCCACGCCCACCGCCGAGUGCAAGACCAAGGUGAAGAGGGUGAGGGUGAUGGAAGAGUGGCACGCACCCCCGCCAAGGCACAAGAGGGAGCAGCGAUCGUCCACAUUGCCCAGAGGUAGUGAGGCAGACUUCAGCUCCUCCAGCAGCACUGGCAGCCUAAAGCGAGGGGGGAGCCUGGCCCACAGCUCCACAGGGAAGAAGAUCUCCUCACGCAGUCGGGGUGCCCACAUCAGGAGCCUCCCUGUGUUUAAGCUGGCAGGGAUCCCCUCAGCAUCCCGUGAUGCAGAGCUCUAUGCCCCGUACAGGACAGUUCCCUCAUCCACCACCAACAGCAGCAGCAACUCUAGCCCCACCGUACCCUCCAGGAUGACCCCCAGAAGAUACCACUCCUGUGGGGACAACCAUGGCAUCAGACCCCCCAAUCCAGAGCAGUACCUCACCCCCCUGCAACAGAAGGAGGUGGCCAUUCGCCACCUGAGGAGCAAGCUGAGGGAGGUGGAGAACACCGUCCACGACAGGGAGUCUGAGAUUGAGAAUCUCAAGUCCCAGCUGGGACGCAUGAGGGAGGACUGGAUCGAGGAGGAGUGCCACCGUGUCGAGGCACAGCUGGCCCUAAAGGAGGCACGAAAGGAGAUCAAGCAGCUCCGGCAGGUUGUGGAGACCAUGAAGAGCAGCCUGAUGGAGAAGGACAAGGGCAUCCAGAAGUACUUUGUCGACAUCAACAUCCAGAACCGCAAGCUGGAGUCCCUGCUGCACAGCAUGGAGAUGGCCCAGAGUGGCUCCACGCUGCAAGACGAGCCAACCAUGGACUUCAUCUGUGGCGACUCCGACUCCCCUGUCAACGACCAGCAGGGGGAGGUGGGUGACCAGGCGGUGGAGGAGAUGGUGGACAGUGGGCUGCUGGUCAACGACAACCUGGAGCACGUGCUCAUGUCCACGGCGGUGGACUCCAGCCACGACUCUAGCGGUAAGCUGCACUGCCACCCAGAGGCUGGUCCAGGGGUGUCCACUUUACUCCACAGUCUGGAGGAGAAGGUCACACCACUGCCUUCACCACCCUCCAACACGUUCUGCUGCAGCACACUCCCCUUCCCUGCUCCAGAGGACAAGGCCGUUCAGACCGAGGUGGUGUCCUUCCCUCCUGACCUGCACACCCUCCUGCUGCAGCUGCUGAAGCUCCAUGGUGGUGCAGUUGGAGAUGCUCUCCUCCCAGCUUCUACCAGCCUCCUAGAAAUCCCAGCACUGCAGGGCCCAGCCUCUGCCCCUAUCCCAUCCAGCCCUAACCAGUCCACCUUGAGCCUGCCUAGCCCCAGCCAGCCCACACCAGUUUUGCCAGUGAGCCCUGACAUGUCCAGUGAUUCAGGCCUGUGUUGCUCAGACCCUGAGGUGAUGGUCUCCGUGCGCUUCAUGGAGGAGCUGGAUUUUGAGGUGAGCAGUGAGGAGCCCUGCAGGGCCCCCGAGAUGGACGUGGUCAACAAACGCUAUUGGAGCAGCAGCUUCCUUGUCGAUCUUGUUGCUGUGGCCGUACCAGUGUUACCCACGGUGGCCUGGCUGUAUUCCCGGCAUGGCGUGGAUGGGGCGGCACCAGUCUACAACAUCGCAGCACUGAUCCGUGGCUGUUGCAUGAUGGGCUUGCACUCUCUCCGUCAUGUCACUCAUCAUCAUGGGGCAGAUGUGUAACGAACGGCCUCUGACCCCUGCAUGCACAGCCCGACCCCUCAACUUGAAGCACUUAAACAUCAGUUAAUCAAAGAGUAUUUGUGAAAAUCUUUAGUUUUUCUACACUUGUGAAUAUUAAAGCUACAGUUAUUAAUUUAGGUUCCCACGUGGUUACUUUGCACUGUGUACAGUUGUUGUGAGUUAUGUGAAAUUCAUGGUGAAGGGAUUUUAUUUACUUACCAUCUCUUCUGUUAUCAUAAUUGUGUCUAAAUGGAUAAUCUGAGUAGGUGGUUAUGCAUCAUUGAUGUCCUGGGCUGGCACUAGUUACCCCUACUUAAAGCAACUAUGUUAUUUUUCUGAAAGUAUUAGGAUUUCUGAGGGUGGGGAUGAAAUUGAAUGUUAGUUUAAGCAAGCGUUUGUAAUGGUUUAUGUUCCCAAAUCUUAAACCUGCAGCCAAAGCUUCAUUAGUGAACGUUCACUCUUAAUGUUUAUUUUUCUACCUGGGAGUAGAGCUUUUUACGUACGUGUGUAACAAAUUGUUGAUGGGAGUAUGAGCUCAAUGCUUCGAAACAUCCCAUACUCGUUUGUGCCUGAGCUACUUUGUGUAAUACUCUUAUCAUCAAAUGUCCUAAUAUAUUUAUUAAAGCAUGAUAAUCCAAUCCA